GGAAAAUAAGGCUCGACUCUCAUGCGAUUUUGUCGACGGAAGAAGCUGAGGCAGGCUUGCUCCCACGUCCAAAAACUCGCUGCUGACUAGCGACUAGGUGCUCUCGAGAUCGUCCGAAAUGCCCAACUUGCAAGCCGUGGCCGGGGGGAUGCGAGUAUUUGCGGGAUUCGCCAGGCCGAUCACGCAGCCCGGCAGAGAGGAGAGGAGAGCCUCGCCUGCAUGCUGAGGACAGCGUCGAGGCACGCCUGCACUGCCUGGAACAAAUGGUCAAAAGUCUGCGCAGGAGUCUCAAUGCUUUGAGAGGAGACCAACCAGGCAGUCUGAUUGUCGCCCAGAGUAAGGAGUCGAACCUUUAUAUUGGGCCGUCGCAUUCCUUUUCUUUUCUGAGAGAUACUGCCGGGAUGGAGGGGAUGUUAAGCACUGCGAAUCGCCAGGCACAUUCGGAGCUGCGACCUCUCUCCUCCAUCCUGACGACUGCCGAAGUCCAUCCGCCCUCUGAAACUGGAACGUCAUUCCAUGUACCGUCGCGACUGGUUGGUUACCGGUGGGUCAGUCUACAUUUGGAGCGCAGAUGAUGAUCAAAGUCACCGGCAUCGAAGAAUGAACUGAAGAAGGAAUUAGACG